GGCAGGCAGUGGCGCGGAGGUGUACUAGCCGUGGAGAACUCCUCGGCCGGUUUUGGCGAGUUGGAGCGUCGCUGCGUCGCGUCCGAUAUUUUUGGUUCGCUAUCGACCCGGGAGUGCUGGCUGGCUGGCUGGGACUUUAGCCUCGCCUCUCCUGGCCCCGGCGCUGGCUUCCCCCCUGUGUGCGAGCGAGCGAGGCAGGCUCCCCCCCCUCCCCUUCUGUGACUGUGUGUGUGUGCGCGCGUGCUUUGACAACUGUGAGCAGCUUCUCUUGCCCGAGCCUGCGUUCGCAUCGCUGCUCCCAGCAGCUCUGUGCCAGCACUGCACACAAGUGCUGUAAUCGAUGGGGGAAAUGGCAGUCCUAGGGGUCAGAAAACGGCUUGGAAGCGUUACCUGGUCUGCACGGGGCAAGAUGCGCUUCAUGCGUGGACUUAAGUGACCGGUGGCUUGCUCUGGUGUCCAGGAAUUGAAGCUCUUAAAGUUUGGGGGAUGCAGUUUCUUCUACUUCCGCUGCAUCCUGUUCCGAGUGAAGCUGUGAAGCAAUUGUGUUGGAGCUUGAAGAUCAAGAUGCGAACGUUAAGUGCUGAAGAUACCGCUCCAACAGGUCGGAACCUUUAGCCCAAUCGUCCGCCUCACCGAGAAAUGCAAACCACUUUGCUAUCGGCAGGAUCCUGUGAUUCAUAGGAUAGGUACUUACAGAUUGUGCAUGAUCGCCACUAGUCUCGCGGCGGACGGGCGGCCUCACCAGGGGUAGCUGAAGCCCUCGGAGAAGCCGCAGUGGUGUCCCGGCCGACAGCAGUAGUCGAAGUCUCCGGCGUCGCCGCCCUCCAGCGGGCACGACCAGAAGCCGGCCACCGGGUUCUCUGCGCAGGCCGCCCCGCGUCUGCACGGCCGUCCCGACACGGUGAAUCUCUGCCAGGUGCUGCCCGGCUCGAAGACGGCCAGCGCGGUGGCUGCGACACGAAACCCGGCGUGUUCUCGAGAAGGUUUAUUUAACUCUAUUCGAAACCAACAACUCUUUUUGAAGGGGAUUAGCGGGUCACACGUCAGGUGUGUGAUGUGCAGUGUGUCGUGAAAUGUUCUUGAAGCACAGCAUGAGUUCUUCGAGUUGCAACAGACCUUACAAGCGUAAGCACGUGACGCUCACCAUACAGCAAAAACUGGACAUAAUCGACCGCCUCGAAAAAGGCGAAAACAGAAGUGCCAUAAUGAGUUGCUUCAACAUCGGUUCGUCGACCAUCUACGACAUAAGGAAGCAAAAGGAAGAACUCGAGAAGUUUGCAGCCCAAGGUUUGACGCCGAAAAACACGGAAUCGAGACACACGUUGAAGAAACCCAGACUUGAGAUUCUGGACAGUGCCGUGUUCGCUUGGUUCAGUGCGAAACUGUCGCAGGGGAAGACGGUGACGGGGCCCAUGAUCAUCGAGAAAGCUAAGCAGCUUCACCGUGACAUGAACAUGGGCAGUUCUUGUGUGUUUUCCGAUGGUUGGCUCAAGAAGUUCAAAAUUAGACACGGAAUCCAGAGGCUGGACGGGGCGGGAGAGAGCAGACCAGCCGAUGGAAACCCGGCCGAAGAUUACAAGAACACGUUUUGCGGCCUCAUUGUACGGUGGGAAUUAACCCCGUGCCAAGUUUACAAUGCACAGGUAACGGGCCUUUUGUGGCGUUGCUUGCCGACGUCUGCUCUGGUAGGAGAGAACGAAAAAUGUGCCGCAGCAUUCGACAGAAAUAAAGACAGAUUGACCGUUUUGCUUUGUGCAAAUGCUUCUGGCGACCAUCAACUGACACCUUUCGUAAUUGGUAAAUAUAAAAAACCCAGAGCCUUGAAGGAAGCGCCAAACUUGCCUGUGCAUUACGAUGCGCAGAGCGAUGCAUGCAUGACGGCAGAUUUGUUUAAGGACUGGUUUUUCCAUCAUUUCGUACCGCAAGUAAAGGAGGACUUUAGGAAACGUGGGAUGCCAGAAAAUAGCAGGGCCAUCUUGUUGCUGGACAACUGCACCGCGCAUCCCCCCGCUGCCUACUUGGUUUCCGGCAACAUCUCUGCAGAUUACCUCCCACCGAACGUCACUCCCUCGAUUCAGCCGAUGGACCAAGGUGUGAUGCAAGAUUUCAAGUGCUUUUAUAGGAUGUGUUUUUUACAAGGCCUUUUGGACUGCGACUGUGACGUCAAAAACUUCCAGAAACAUUUUAAUGUCAAAGACGCAAUCUUCGCAAUCGCCCUAGCGUGGAGUCAGGUGAAAGAAUCGACUCUGCAGCGGUGCUGGCGCAAGCUUUGGCCCAGCGACGAAGAUGCCGAUCGAGAUCUGGACGUUUCGAGCGACUGCCAAAACAUGGUUCUGGAUUUGGUGGACGCUGUGCCGGACAACCCUCUCACGGAUGUGCCCCGUGAUGAAGUCCUGGACUGGAUUGAAGUCGACAAAUGUGUGCCAGUUGCCGAAGAACUGAGCGUUGAACAGAUCAUACAACGUGGCAUAAACCCGCAAGAAGCCCAGGUUCAGGAGGUGGAAUCUGACGAAGAAGAAGGAGCAGUCGUGGAGGACGAUAAAGUCUCUUGGAAACAUGCUUCUGACGCAUUAAAUACAUUUAUAAAAUUUGCCGAAUCCAGUGAAAGCUAUGUCUCUGCUGAACUCUUAAACCUGUGUAUAAUCCGCAAUGAUUUUUGGAAGAAGAGAUCCGAAUCGCAGGCACAACGUGAUAUCGGACACUUUCUGAAGCAGUAAUGCUCUUGUGUAUUUUUUCUUGCCCUAGAGGUGUUAAUUACAACUUUUUUUUAAACAUCAUUCUAAAUUGUAUUAAUUUUUCUUUGGUAUGCCUGCUAAAACUAUCUUUAGGGCUCUCGCAGACAAGGGUAAAAUCAGGGGAAUUGAAAAGUGCCUUAAAAAUCUGAAAAAACAGGGGAAAAUGGAAAUUGUAUUUGUAAUUUUUAAUACUAUUGAGUUUUUUUAAAUUCUUGAAAUCCAAACCAGUCUCUAAUAUAGUUUUAGAUUCAUGUGUAGCUGAAAACCCAUCUGUUUUCAUCAUUGAUCUAAAAUUAGAGAAACACUGUGUGUGGAUGUAAUGAUUUGAAGCACUAUAAAUUGAACUAAGAUUAUAUAGUGCUAUAAAAAAGCACAUUUCGUCAUAAAAAAUAGUGCUUUAAAUUUUUAUUGUCUUUAAAAAUUAAAACACUUGUAGUAAUUAUUAGUACAUAUGAAGCACAAAAAUGUUGAUCAACUGUUUAAACAAUUUGGGUAAGACACUUAAAUAGGUGUAAAUCAAGGCAGUAAUGCAUCUAAUAAAUAACUGUUAGGAAUUAUGUUAACAGGAUAAGUAAUUGUUCUAAUGAUAGAAAAUGUUAAGUUUAUGCCCUUUAAAAUCUUAUUACAAUUGAAAUAUUUAUCCUACAUCAAAAACAUUACAUACUUUGUAACUCAGAAAUGUUGGUAGUGCCUACAUAGGAAUGUUAUGCCCAAGCCUUAUUAUGUAAACAAUGCAGUACAUUAAUUAUUAAUUUUAAUCUUAGAUGGCUUAAUCUCAAAAUUUUAUUUAAUAUUUUUUUUAAUGUACAGCUAAUUUAUUUAGACAUGUGUGUAUCAGUACUGUAUAACAAUUUUAACGGGAGUAGUGUCUUGAUUAAAAUGGUAAUUAUUAUCAAGCACACUAGCCCGAUUGGAAAACAAAUUAUUUUGUUUAAAAUACUCUCUGAUUGAAAAAAAACUAAUUUGACUAGCACCGUUUUAAUUACAGCUCUGUUUUACUGCAACAAAUUAAGGCAUUACUUUGAGGGGUGUCUGUACGGUGUUUAUCUAGAUAGUUGGGAUAAAAAAAAAUGUAAGUUUUUUUUAAACUUUGCUUUAACCGUGUUUUUCAAUUAUCCGUGGAUACCCUUGCCAAUCAUUACCCCGGAUAAUUGGGAGUCUACAUUUCUGUGUUAUACGGUGCUUUGGACGUGCUUUUCAGUGGGGAAGCCUACAACUCACGUAGUUUCGGUUCCCUACCACGUUCGUGCAACUUCGGAUUUCUCUCAAAAAUUGAAAUUAAAAAAAUCGAAGGUUUAGGUUAGGUUAGGUCAGGUCAGUCACAACAGGCUUGUUUUCAUUGGAAACUUCUGAUUUAGCGGCUGAAGUGGCGUUAAUACCAAAACGCAAAACUUCGGAAAUAUUCGGAAAUUCUUUCAGGGAACCGAAACUACGUGAGUUGUAGGCUUCCCUUUUCAGUGUUAUUUCGGUUUUGCUACAUAAUCUUGUCCCUAGUUAUAGUUUGACAAGUUUUAUUGUAAUCAUUUUUGUUUUUAUAGUAUUGUGCAUUAAUAUAUAAAAUUUACAUAAAUAUCAAACCAAGAAAUGGUGUUAUUCGAACUGGUAAACCUACAUAACCUUUUAAGAAGUGGGAAGAAAAAGAAAAUAUAUUUGAUUUAUCGUGUGGUUUGCUUAUAUCAGGAGCCAAAAAAAUUUUAAGUUUAAUUUUUUAUUAUUGUCCCUUGUAUUAUUUCAAUAGUAUUAAAUGAAUAAAAAAAAUUAAUAUGCAAUUUUUAAAACCCAAAAUCAUUAUACUUAUACAUUUCCUGGUGAUGUUUCUCUGUAGGACAUCAAGAAAUGUUUCUUGGGGUAUCAGCUAUAGACUGCUUUUGUUUACUUAACUUUGAAAUCAUACAUAUAAACUAAAUAAAUUAUUUACUUAGUACAUCAUUUAAUAAAAGCACAAACUAAAUUUUUUAAGAAAUUAAUUUAUAUUUUAAUUGACAGAAAGAAGUAAUCGAGGAGAAUUUCACUACAGUUUAUGUUUUGCUUUGAUUACGGUACUGUACACUGUAUUUUCUUCCAUGUUGGUGUUUGGCUGUUUAUUGGCUUAAAUUUUGCUGUUAUUUCGGUUUUAUCGCUAGUCACCAUAAAAUAUUGUCUCCAACGAUAAAAUGUCAAUAGUCAUGCACAUUGUAUUAAAAUUAUCUGUGGUUUCAAAGUUUCAUCAGAUAUAGUGUAUAUUUGUCUUAUGGUCAAUUGACAUGUUAUGUGUGUAAAAUGUGUUAUAAUAAGUAUUAUUUUUUUAUAGUUUAAUAUAAUUAUGUUAUCUUGCAAGAUAGAAUAAUGUUAUAGAAAAAAAAUGUUUGGUUGGUCAGGAAAAACAAGGAAUACAGAGGAAAAUUGUCUAGAGUAAGAGUGUGCGAACCAAGUAUUCUGACGUUCAAUAAACCGGCUGAAUUGCCAGUUUAAAGAA